UAGGAGUUUUUGAAAUCAUUUUUUAUCCAUUUCCUUUAUCUCCUCAGCGGUUAGUCAAUCUUUAAUUUCAUCACAAAUGGGAGUUAAUUCGCUCAAAUCUUACGCUGUGUGGGUUUUGAUUUUUCACUAGAUCACAUUUUCUCACGUUUCGAACAAAAUGGUGUUGCAGUUUUAUUCGGCGCAACCUUCAUCGCCUUGUCGCUUAGUUCAUAUGGUCUUGGAAACUAUUGGGGUUCCCUAUCAAUUGAAUUCCGUGAACCUCGCUCAAGGAGAGCACUUAGCAUCUGAAUUUUUAGCAAUAAACCCGUUUCACAACGUCCCCUUCAUUGUUGAUGAGGAUCUAUCAAUGGGUGAGAGCCGGGCCAUCGCCACCUACUUAGCAAAUAAAUAUGAUGAAAGCGGACAACUAUAUCCCAAAGAUCCCAAGACCAGAGCAAUCGUAGAUCAAAGGCUCUUUUUCGACAUGGGUUCACUUUUUGCAAGCCAUCGAAGUUGUUACCACUCAAAAAUGAUGAAAGGGAUUGAGCCACCGAAGAAAGAUUUGGAAAGGGCCCACCAAUCCCUGCUUUGGGCCGAGGAUAUGAUCAGAGCAACUGGAUAUGCAGCUGGAACACAAAACUUAACACUUGCUGAUCUGGCCUUUGUUGCCACUUUCAGCACCAUUCAGGCCACUGAAGCAUUUGACUUAUCGGAUCUUCCAAUUUGGAAAGAAUACUUCCCAAGAAUAACAAAAUUGAUCAAAAACUAUGACGAGGUCAAUGGCAAAGGAGCCUUAAUGUUCGGCGCUUUCUAUCAAGCUCAACUGAAAGGUGCAAUUUCUCAGGAAUGUUGAAGGAUUUAUCUUCCGGUUACUUUAUUUACCUUGUUAUGAGCCAGAUAUAGUUUGUGAGAUUUUAGUUCGGCAAUGAAAGUCGAUCUCUGAUUCAGUGACAUUCUGUUUUGAAAGUGUGGCCGUCGUUGCAGACGUAAGGAUGAAAAAUAUAUUGACGUCGGAUGAAGUUUG